UUGCAUGGAGAAUCUCUUGCUGCUUAAGCAGAUUUUUUAUAAAUAGGAGGAGAUAACGGAAACAACAACACUGAUGUACAGAAUUUUAAUAGCUGAAUGAUUUCUUCCUAAUAUGUUUCUAACAAAAGUGUGUGUUGCUGAAGAAAGGUGUGUGUGGGUGGAGUACAAUUUUGUUAAUACUGUGAGUUCAAUCUCUCUCCUCUAGCGACACCCAGCGGUCGAUUGUAGAAGUCAAUAUUACGAGCUAAUAAUUUUAUGUCUGCAUCUUUUCUUGUGGGCUGCGCCUUUAAUGUUUGACUUCUAUGUCAUUUAUGAGAUAAGUUAGCCUAUGUAAUUCCGAUCUUGCUUGCUCGUGUGUUUUUCGAACGGUAGUUUUUUAUUUGCUUUAUUAUUCUGUAAUGUACCGAAAUUAAGAUGUUGAACAUGAGCAUAGGUUAAAUGUAUUUUUAUUUUCUGAUAUUUGGAUAGUAUUUUUCAAGUUUUAUAUAUAUUUUACAGAGGCAAUAAUUUUUUUACUUUCUCUGCCGUAGUAGAAGAAGAGUUUGUGUCGCGUGGUGAAACUUGUAUGUGUGCGCGUGAGAAAACAGAGCGAGGUGUGCGCGAGGAGCUUCGUUGCGCGUGAAUGAGAUGAACAGGCUUGAUCAUUUAAUGAUAUCAAAUACAUCAAAUCACAUGAACAAGGAUCAUCUCAUGAUAUCAAACACAUCAUUACAAGCCCCCGGUGCUGCCGAACGGACCCAAUGAUGCACAAUCCAGAACGCGUGCUGACAGCUCGUGCGUCUGAAUUCACCAACCUGAUGACAGACUGACAGAUGAACAACUAUUAACGGAGAAGAUGGAUGUGUCUCUCCAGAGGAGUUUGAGCGUUUUGGAUCGUCUUCUCCUUACACACUCCAUAUGGUUGCAGCUGUCCAUCAACCCUGACUCCACCCAACAAAUUCUACAGCGAGAGAUAGUCGGGACUUUUCUGGUAUGCAAGUGUAGCGCCUCCCACAGGAAGGUUCUUUGUGUUCGAGUAGGAGAUUCUGGUGUGGGUGUAUCACAGUAUCCAAUUCGUGAGGAAGACUCCACAUUUUCUUUAGAAAGUUCAGCCCUGAGCUUUCCUGACCUCUGCAGACUUGUGGCCUUUUACACCAUCAGCAGAGACAUAUUGCCUUUCCCACUAGAGCUACCAGAAGCUAUUGCACAGGCGACAACACACACACAACUGGAAAACAUUUCCCAUCUGGGUUUGGAGUUCUGGAGCUCUCAGACAUCCCCUAGUCUUCCUAAUGGACCCCCACCACCAUCAACACCCCGCCAAACAUCCAGAUUCAUCAGCCCCUGUUUCAUCAAUCCCUUGUUCCUUCAACCAUCCCAGCCCAGCAGAGCUGCCUCACACAAACGCCACCGCUUCAAACGCAGCCUCAGGGUCCGCGUGUCCAACGAAACCUCUCUCAGUCUGUCAGGUGGAGAUUCUGAUCCGACCCAGGGGGAGGCACAAGGACAAGAUUCCAACCAGGGCAGCCAGAGACGGACAGGAGGAAUGAGCAUGCUCAAGAGGACCCAGGCACUGUCUCCCACCUCGGAAGAGGAGGACGACCAGAUGUUGGGACACAUACCACCUAAUAACUCUCUACCCCAACAAGACAAUGAUGAACUCAAGAAAGAUCCUGAAGACGGUGAAGUUUGUCUCGCUUUGGACAGAACCCGCGCUCCCUCCCUCGCCGAACUGGACAGCAACAGCUCGUUUAGCAGUCUGGAGGAAGAGGACACACUGGUGGACUCCGCCCAGCAAUGGCCGCCUGCCGCACGGGGUACACGCUACCCCUCCGCGAACCCAACGUCGACUCUGCGCCGCAUGACCGCAGCCUUCGUCUGCGUGUUUGCUCCUGAACGCCGCGUUGCACGCUUGGUGGAUGAACUCUCCCGUGACAGGCGCUCUACGUUUGGUUCACUGGUGCAGGAUUUCUUGGAGAACCAAAGGCAGGAGAUGGAGGCCUCAAAGCUUAGUUCUGCUGUGGAGAUUCUUGAAGGGUUAAGAAGGUUUCUGUCCCAAGCCAAGAGCCUCCUUUUGGAAGCAGGAGAAAUAGAGCCUCCGAUUGAAACACUCGUACCCGAGAAUGAGAAAGAUCUUGCACUGGAGAAAGCUUUGUUUGGCUGCGUUUUGAAGCCACUGAAGGUUCAGCUUCACCAGACACUCGUCUCUCUGCACACUCAAGAUGGCUCCUUACAAAGAAUCACAGACAGCAUGUUGGCCUGCCAGGAGGGGGCUCUAGAGCGUUUGGGUGUACGAGUGGGGGUCCUGGAUGUUCGGGGCAUAGAGAGAGCAAAGGCAAAGCUCAUGCUAAUGCAACGGAGCCAUUCACCUAUUGACAAGGUGUUGCUUUUGCUGCAGGUGUGCAAGAGUGUGUACAGAGCCAUGGGGACCCAACCUGAUCAGGCAGUUGGAUCAGAGGACUUCCUGCCAGCAGUGUCCUAUGUCCUUGUUCAGUGUAACAUCCCGCACCUGCUGCUGGAGACGGAGUACAUGAUGGAGCUGCUUGAGCCAUCAUGGCUGACAGGAGAAGGUGGAUAUUAUUUGACAAGUGUGUAUGCCAGCCUUUACCUGAUCCAGAGCAAGCAUGGGACCACGCCCACCUGUAGUCUAACCAGUGAGGCUCAAGAGAGUUUGAGGGAGUGGAGCAGGAGGCGGGGCCAAGACGCCAAAACCCAGAGAGACAAUCAGCAAAAACAGAGAUUCGUACGUGUGUUAUUUCAGGAUGACAGUCGUAAUGCAGUACGGACACUUCUCUGGAAGGCGGGGGAAAACGUAGAGGCUUUAGCCCAAAUUUGCGCAGGGCUGUUUGGUGUGAACGAGCCCCAGCACUACUGUCUGUUCUGGAGGAAUGAGGGGGAAAUGCGCCCCCUACCUGCCCAUUUUCAACCACAUGAACUAGGCAAGCAUGAGGGAGUUUCUCUGUCCUAUCUUCGCUCGGAUCACGAUUUUAGUAAGAUACGAAGACUGACCAGAGGAGGCGCUGUAGAUCUGGGAGAGUCGGUGUGCGAAGAGUAAGAAAUGGAAUGCGAAAGGAUUAUGGAUGUCAUUCAUUUAAAUGGCAUGUUUGUGUUGAGUAAAAUUAUUUUUGUGUGUGCGUGAUUUACAUGUGAUCCAAAGGUGAGAUCCUUGUGAGGUUCGGAAAUAAUGCAUAUUCAGUGGUGUGAAAAAGUGUUGGCCCCUUCCUGAUUUUUUAUAUUUUUCGCAUGUUUGUCACACUUUAAUGUUUCAGAUCAUGAAACAAAUUUAAAUAUUAAUUUUAAUGCAGUUUUCUUGUGUUAUAUUUGAUUUCGUUGUUUUCAUUUCAUUUUCAAGUUUGACAAACAUGCAAAAAAAUAAGUGGGGCAACACUUUUUAACACCACUUUACAUACGUAUAAAGCAAUACGUGUUAGUGAUUAUAAUACGCGGUAGAGUAUCCAGCUAUCUGAGUUUCAUUUGUUGCUUAUUUAUUGGCUAAUUAGAAGAGUUUAUUGCCAAAAAACAAUACCAAAGUGUUAAAUAUAAAAACAAAUUGUUUGCUUUAAAGUAACAUUUAGCGGAUAACAUCACAUUAUUACAAACAUGUGUGAUGUUGUUCCAAACAUGCCCCCCCAAAAAUAAUAUUAUAAUUUUUAAUGACAGCAAUUUUAUUUUUGGUUCAAAACUUACUCUACAUAAAUAUGUGAACACAGAUGUUUCAAGCUCCACAAAUCCUUAAAUGUGUCACAAUAAAGAUGGCUCUGCAGAAUUACAUUCGGUUACAUGAAAGAAUAUUUUCAUGAACCUGUAAAUGUUGCUAUUUUUUAAUAUACCAGUACUCAUGGGUCAACAAACUGUUCUCAUAGAUUUGCAGACAUGCUUGUGCAUCUGUGUUUGUGUACUUGUAGAGUAUUUUACUGAUACUGCUGGUACUAGAGCAUACAUCGGAUACUCUGGUCACUUUUAAAAGCAUGUAAUAUAGUUGUGCUGAACAUUGACUGAAUGAGCAAUGUGGACUUCUACGUUAUAGUAUUGUGAGUGAUUCAGCACUGACCUUAUUAUUUGGUUUAUUAUAAGAGGGAUGUAGUGAAUAUAUAUAUAUAAAGUUAUUCCAUGUAAAUAAUCUCCAAAGAAAUGUUUAAUAUUCUAUGUUGCACUCACUGAAUGUACAGGUAAAGUUUUACCUUUAUGGUGGGCAGAUAAACAUGCAGACAAAGUCAAGUGCUUGAUUUAUGGUUGCUAACUUACACAUAAUUGAACAUUAACCAGCAGGCAAAUGUUGUUGAGCCAGAAAAGUUUAGAAAUUCACAACUGCUUAUGUUCCUGGUGUAAAUUGGAUGCAAAUGACACUACUUUUAGAUAAACCUACCAAAUGGCUGUUCCAUCAAAUUCUUUUUCUUUUUUUAUGUGACAUUGUAACAUCGUCUUUUUACAAUAUAUUGUAUUACUAUAAAUGUAAUGCUAUUCUUAAUGGAAUUCUGAUUAUGAAAUAAUUUUACAUUUGAGUGAUUUUAUUGUUUGAUCAGUUUAACUCUUGAUGGUUGACCUCUGCAUGCAUUUGUUUGUGAUAAAAAAAAUGAACAGUACAUUUCAUAUGACAUCAUGCAUACUCAGUUGAUAUAUGAAUAUUGAUUGCUUACCUAACAGAACGGUGCUGUACUGUUGAUUACUAACAUACAAUAUUAAACUCCAAUGUGAAUGCUGACUGGUAAUAUGUGUUUAACAUAUUGAACAUUAGUAACAGUUUGAUCAUCAAAGUUAAUGAUUUGUGCUUGCAAUCCACUAGAUGGCAGCAACUGAGUAAUAAUUUCGAUUGUAGUUUUGAAAAUCUUUUGACUGUUUUGUGUUUUGGAAGAGUAAAAAGUGAACUGUAAACAGUCAAUUAGAGAGAGAGAGAGAGAGAGACUGAAAUGCUUGAAUAUAACCCUUUUAUUUUAUGGAAAAUACUAAUUUAUCAUAAAUUCUCUGUAAUUAAACCUCAGAAAAAAUCUAUUAACCAACAAAACUACACUGAAUCAUUUGUUUUUGUUUG